AUGCUAGGUUAGUAGGCUUUCCUUGGGCGUUUUCUAGUCUAGGCUGCUAGGAUUCUUAGGCUUUCCAUAGACUUUUGUUUAGGUCUCUAGGCUUUCCGUGUAUAUUCUGUCAGCUCUCUAGGCUUUCUCUAGGCUUAGACUUUCUCUAAGCCCAGGCUUUUCAGGCUAGGUUCCUCUUUCUCUAGGCUUUCUGUUAGAUCUAUCAUUUUUCAAUUUCCAAAUCCAAUUUUCCAAGUCUACAUCGAAUAUCUAUACUAUUCCAAUUCUCAUUCUCACCCUAUCUAUUCUCCAAAAUUUGUUCCAAAUUCUCGUCGGCAAUUUUCAAACGAAAAGAAGAAUUCUCCGGUUUCGUUUCAAACCUUAUUCCAAAUGCCGCCAUGUUAUUUUAUUUCUCUUUUGCUUUGUGACGUCAGUUCCUCGAUCGAUCUAAACCAUAAAACUGUAACAUUCUAUUUUUGUCUCACUUGGAAAUCUGAUCGAAAAUCAGAAUCGGAAUUUUAUCAUUUCACUUAGACUAACUAACAUAAAUCUGAUAAGAUUCGAGAAAACAAUUUUAAUUUCGAAAUUGUUGAUCAAUUGAACUCGUAGCUUGAUCUUUCAGAUUCUGAUGUUUCUCUGACUGUAAUAUUAUGUUCUAACCUAAUUAGGAACCACACCCUGCAAUGGAAUUGAAUGGCUAAUUAGAUUUUUGUAGUAAACUGUGUUCUCACCGUUUUUUGGGUGCGUUAUUUUUCAAUAACAAAAGGGCAAACAUUUUCGUUGAUCAGAGUUUAUUGGAUUCUUAAAAUAGAAAAAGAAUAUUUUUUUCAGAACACAAACGAAUCGAAAAAUCGUUCAAUGAUUGUUCGCGAUGUAUUGAUUCGUCAAAAUUAUCGAAGCAUAAUAUUAUUGCGAUUGGAAUUAAUGUAAGUACUCUGAAUUUUCGAGCUAGGGCCAUUUUUAGAAAAAAAACCUAGUUAAAAACCUAGUUGUCUAGGACCCGUGUCUAGAAAUCUAGUCUGACAAGCAGCCGCGCCUUGAGAGCUCAUUUUCCAAGUAGCCGCUCCUAGAGAAUUUGAUUCUCAAGGAUUAGCGCCUCUGGAACCUUGUUCUCUAGUAUUCGCUCCUAGACAGUCUAAGUGACAAGUAACCGCUCCUAGAUCUUAUCAAAACAUCCUCAUCGCACUUUUUCUGUGUUCUUUCACGUGAAAAAAAAUUUCAAAUUCGUAAAAAAACGAGAAAAACAAGACACUUGAAAUGGAAGGUUUCGUUAAGUACAUUUGUUUGUGUCUCUAUCUCAAUUGACAUUUCAAUUGAAAAAAUGAAAAACCAAAAAUUAUUUCAAAUUUCAAGGACCAUACAAAUAAUUUGUCAUUUUUUGAUUUUUCCAAACAUGGGAAUUUCAAGAAGAUAAAUGGCAAUAGAAGUUUGAAUUUAUGUGUUUUCUUUUUUUUUUUUGCAAAUCGAAUCCAGUAGUAAACAAACAUCUUUUCCUUCUCAUUGAUCAUUGAUUCGUUCGAAGAGGUUUUGCAUAAAUUUGUUAUAAUGAAAAGAGAGGAAAAGGUAGAAGAAACAUGAAAAUGAAAAUUGGGAAUCGAGACAAAAUUUUAACAAGGGGUUUGAGAUCAGAAAAGUUUUUUUGGAUUUUUCGAACUUGAGCUCACAAAAUUCAAAAAUUACAGAGUUCCGGUAAAUACAUAUAAUAAAAAAAAGAUUCUGGGAAAAUUUUAUUAAAUUUUUUCUUUGGAAUUUUGAAUUCAAAGUUUAUCUUAAAAUUUCAGACAUAUCUUGAGCUCGUAAAAUUCGAAAAUUGACCUAAAAAGCCUAUGUACAAGCCUAAAUCCAGGCCUCAAAAAGAGCCAAUAUUUGAGCAAAAUUUCAGGCUUUAAAGUUUUGGAAUCUUCAAAAAUUGUUCAUGAUGAGAGAAUUUUUAAAUUCAUCUCAAUAUUUCAGACAUAUCAGACUCGGAAAAUUCGAAAUAAUACAGUAACCCAGAUGCCACGUUGCAUAAAUGGAUUUUUCAAAAAAAUUCAAAAUUUUAAAUUGAGGUCGAUAUUCUUUCUCAUUGUCAGAAAUAGUUCUCAAAUUGAGAAAAAACGUGGCAAAUUUAAAAUCCUCUCAAAAUUUUGCAGACAUAUUUGGCUGUCGUCGAAUGGGAUGGUUUGGACGAUGAACACGUCAUAAUUGUGCCAACUCAACAUUGCUCCAGCUCAAUUCAACUCGAUGAAAACAUUUGGGAUGAGAUGAAAAUUUGGCGAAAAGGCCUGGUUGCAAUGUGGAAGGAACAAGGAAGAGAUUGUGUAUUUUUCGAAAUGUCACGACAUGUUGACAGUAAUCCACAUUUUAUUAUCGAAUGUGUGCCGGUUGAUCAAGAAAUUGGAGAUACUGCCCCGAUUUUUUUCAAGGUAUGCGUGUUUUUUUUUUAAUUUUUUUGGGUGUUCUCUGGGAAAUUUAGACUGAUUUUUCACCUUCUCACAAUAAAUUUCUCGGGAAUUUCCUCUCUUUUGGAAUGUUGUUUCGUUUCAUUUUUGAUUAGGUUCGAUUAAGAAACCAAACAGCGGUUGUUAUAAGAACAUACAAAGAAAAAAACCGGGUUAAGGAAUGUUGUAUACGAUAUUUUUAGUAACUUUUGUCCAAUGUUUUUUUUGGUCGAUCUGCAAUUUUUCUGAACCCAUUUUGAUCAAACAUCGAUAAUUUUCACUAGAAGAACAUCAAUCAUAACAGCAUCAGAUGACUCUAUUCUAUUGAAAACAGCAAAAAAAAUCGGCGCGUGAUGGAAAAAAGCCGGGUGAUGAUGGAUUUGGUGGAAAAACAUGCAUGGGAAAGAUCGAAAAACAUUGGAACCGUUUUUGUAUUUGAGAGAAGGGGAGUACUGAAAAUAGACGGAAUCGGUUCUACUAUGAUAGGCUGUAAUUUUUGGAAACAGGGAAUUAUCACAAAUAGUUUUGUGACCUGGGUUAAAUGCGUCAGCAAGUAUCUGAGCUCUUAAAAAAGCGUCAGCAAGAUUCCAAGCUCCUAGAAAAGCGUCAGCGAAUUUCCAAUCUCCUUGAAAAGCGUCAGCGAAUUUCCAAGCUUCUAGAAAAGCGUCAGUAAGCAUCUAAGCUAUUAGAAAAGCGUCAGCAAGCAUCUGAGCUAUUAGAAAAGCGUCAGCGAAUCCGCAAGCUCCUAGAAAAGCGUCAGCAAAUUCACAAGCUCCUAGAAAAGCGUCAGCAGAUUUCCGAGCUCCCACGAAUGCGUCAGCAAAUUUCCUAAAAAUUUUUCCCCGUUUUUUUUGAAGUCAACAGUUUUUUCCUAUUACAUAUUUUUUCUUUCAAAAAACCGCUGAAUUUGGGGCGCCGAUAUGUCUAGUUCGACAAAAUCGUUUAAUACCCAUUUAUCAUUCCCCCCUCUCUCCUCUUUUCUUCCUUCUUUGCUUUUUUUUCGGUCGAUUUUAGUUGAAGAGAUUGAUUGGAGUAGUGUUUUCGAAUGAUAAUAAUAAUAUUCAGAAAGUGUGUUUGAUACGAACAACCAAAAUAGAAAAGGAGAAAAAAAGAGAAUCACUGAAAAUGAUAGGAAUAAGGAGAAGAAAGAUAUUUGUGAUAGAUUUCUCGGUGGUCGAAAAUCAGGAGAAAAGUACAUGUAACGUACCCGGGGUUUGCACUACUAACUUUGUAAGGGCAGAUUUUGUCGAAUUCAGAAAAAAAUGCUGAAUUACGGGGACGAAUUUGGCUUUUUUCCCCUUAAUUUCAAAUUUCGCUCCAGGAAAGCUAGGGUACUGUACCACUUUUCAAGACCCAAUAAACAGUGUUCACACUAAUUGAGAACUACAGUAGUCUCUUGAGUUUGAAAUAAAAUUACAGUAUUCCAGAGAACUCUUAUUUUUCAAAAAAAAAUCUCAAAAAUUCGAUAAUUUCAAGUCCAAACAUUGGUAUUUUUGAGCUAAUAUGAGCAAUAUUCAGGAAAAAAUUUGAAGUUUCAAAACUUGGCUCCAAUAAUCUACGUGUCAUUUUCAAUUUUUCAAAAAAUUCAAUAUUUUUUUUCCAGAAUGCGAUCAAUGAAUGUGAAGGUGAAUACACUGACAACAAAAAGUUAAUCGAAACCAAAGAUUUGCGUCGACAAAUUCCAAAAGGCUUCAGCUAUUUCGCCGUUGAUUUUGGACUUUGUAAUGGAUUUGCUCAUGUUAUAGAGAAUCAUGAUGAAUUUCCGGCGACUUUUGGAACUGUGAGUCUCAGAUUUAUUUUAUCUAUAUUAAUUUGGAAGUUUCUGGAAGUUCUAGCCAUUUUACACGGUAUUUCACUGUUUUUAAAACAUUUUUUAAAAUUAGCCUAAUUUAUUUGAUUCAGAUUCCAAUUUUGAUUUUUUCUUCAAAGUUCAAAAUGAAAAUUUUUCAGGAAAUCAUUGCUGGAAUGUUGGAUUUGCCACCGAAGAAAUGGAGAAAACGAGAAACUGAUGAAUUAGCAAAGCAGAAAAGUCGAGCAAACAAAAUGAAAGAAUUAUGGGAACCUUUUGAUUGGACAAAGAGAAUCAGAGAAAAUGAGGAUUCAUGA